AUGGAUUUAUUGGUUCACGCCAAAGAUUUAGUUGGUAGGGGUAAUACUAAUUACAACGCUCAUUUAGCCCAAUUACAAGAGAUAGUUAAGCAGGAAAGCCCGCAAAAAGCCGAAAUUAAGACAACAACCCUAAAAAAUAACCAAAAUGACGCUAAAAAUCCCAAUACUAAUACUUAUUUACUAAUUGGCUUUAAAAAAGCACCAUUUAUUCCCAAAACGGAAACCAGAAUUUUCUUAGGCGGUCGACCAAUUGAACCGGCAAACCACACUGAAAGGCAAAGUUUCUCGGGUCAAAAUAAACAACACUAUCAAAGUGAAAGAGCAAAUGAAAUUAAUCCGGGUUAUGGUCCUUGUCGUUAUUUAGGUUGCCCUUAUUCAACUGAUUUUGAUAUAAGAAUAAGUAUUGAAGGAAAUAGUCGAAAUUGA